AAAAACACAGCAAAGUUACAAAUGAGAAGGGCAGCAGAACUAAGCACGCCAGAGAGAAGCAGGGGGUGGGGAGUACGUCUCAUUACUACAACAAUUACAUCUACUUGUAGGCCACUAAGCCGAAAGCAAACAAGGGUGACGGAACGAAGGAAGGAACGAGAGAGAGAGAUAGAGAGAGAGAGGAGGAGAAAGACAGAGUGGGAAACAGGGUGAGAAGUUGAAUAUUGACUCAGGGAGUGAGAAGAUUAUUGAGAAAGAAGAUGAGCCGGUAGAUUCACACUGAGCGGACUCACCAGCACACACAAAGGCGGACAGUGAAGGUGGCAGUCCGGACAGUGUGUUAGCAGCGUGCUGCAGCUUGCUAGCCUUCACUCUCAUGAAUAUGACAGAGAAAAGCGUGAAGUAGGACACACAGACAAAGGCGCAGACUCAGCAUUCUCUCCAUGAUAUAACCAUGCUGAUGAAAGAGUACAGAAUAUGUAUGCCAUUGACUGUGGCUGAGUACAAGAUUGGCCAGCUGUAUAUGAUCACUAAGCAUAGCAAUGAACAGAGUGGAGGAGGGGAAGGGGUGGAGGUGAUCUGCAACGAGCCCCAGUCCCAUCCCCAGCAUGGCACAGGGCAGCUGACUGAAAAACGGAUCUACCUCAGCAGUAAACUGCCAUCCUGGAUGAGGACGUUUGUCCCUCGGAUCUUCUACGUCACUGAGAAAGCCUGGAAUUUCUACCCAUAUACAAUAACAGAGUACACGUGUUCCUUUGUUCCCAGGUUUCACAUUCGGAUUGAGACCAAGUUUGCGAACGAUAAUGGAGACAAUGAUAAUAUUUUUGGGGACAGUCCCACCCCCCCCGAAAAUGUGUGUCACAUCGACAUCUUGACUGACCCCUAUCCCGAAAGGCACUACAAACAAUCAGAGGACCUGAGCAUCUGGCAGUCAGAGAAGACAGGCCGGGGCCCCCUGGUGGCUGGCUGGCGUAAUAACAGCAUGCCGAUCAUGUGUUCUUACAAGAGGGUCCAGUGCAGCUUUGAGGUUUAUGGACUACAAGGGAGAACUGAGGAAUUCAUACACAAGAAUAUUCAAGAUAUCCUACUGGUGGGACACAGACAGGCUGUGGCUUGGAUCGACGAAUGGCACGGAAUGAGUUUGGAGGAAGUGAGAGAAUUUGAGAGAGAGUUGCAGGAGAAGACCAACAGCAAACUGAAAUGCACACAGAGCAACUCAGAUACAGCGAUGCCCCCCCGGUCCCGGCCUGCCUUAACCCGCUCGAUCUCGGUCACGGACGCGGCGUCCCUGAAAAAGAUGGGGGUGAGGACGCCUGAGAUGCCCAACGCCCAGCCUCCGCAGCCCAAGCGCCUACACUCAACACCGGAGUGACGCUGCAGGCGUUUUUUUCCUCCUGUUCCCAUCGGCUGGGGGCGACGCAAUCAGAAUUGGAAAUAUGUCAAUCCCUCCCAAGUCUGCUGACAUUUGGAAACACGCACAUGCAACUCUAAUGCCGAAAGGCUCUGCUUAUUUUAAAGCACAACUUGGUACAAAUCAAUAGCUGCGGUGUUAGAGGUGCAAUCCAUCUACUACUGUAUGCAAUAUAUCCCCAGCAUUGUUUUUCAUUUGCAAUUUAUUAUGGCUGUUAUAUGCGCACACUUUCUCCUCAUGCUCUGCUUUAACUGAAUUUCUACUAAAUAAUGUGUACGCGGGUGUAAAGUAUGACUGUACUAAUAUCUGUUAGGUAAAAUCUCCAAGGUGUAAGAAACAGGCAUACGCCAAGACAUGGGGUAAAACAAGAUUUCAAUCACACUUGGGUGGAUAUUUUGGUCGGGCAAGGUUGUUUGCCAUCGACCACCUUUCUCGAGGGGUCCUUCCUAUCAAAAGCGCAUUAGAAUGUGCCUUUCUGCCUGGCAGCAGCAGGGUAAGGGGUAGGCGGUACACAAAGCGCAUCAGAUAUGGCUGUGUGUAAGGUGGAUAUGGCCGCUGGGUUAGUGGAGCGGCAGUCAGAAAUGGGAUUAAUUUAACUCAGCAGGGAGUGAAGCACUGUGGGUAAGACUUAAACUGGGGCCUUUCCAUCCGUUGGAUAAUUAUUCAGAAAGGUGGGGGGAGGAGGGUUGAAACACAGACUUUAACAAUGUGGAAGAGAUUUCCUGAGGGAAUUUCCUCUUGGCUCUCAUUCAUGUUUUUUCAUAUACAGCACUGUUAAAAAGUCUUAGCAACCCUAACAUAUAUUUAUAUAUAAAUUUGGUCUUAUAUAUUUAUUUUUCUGCAUUAGUGUAUCAGCGAAAAAGGGCAAAUUUGAGAUUUACAAACAUUAAUUUUCCAAAUAUCUUAACGUUACAGUAAAAUUUUUCCAUUCUGUUAAAGUAACAUAUUAAGUAAUAGACCAUUUUUCAGAUAGAAACUUGUUUUAGGCUGUCUGGGAUUAUCUGGAUAGCCAGAAGCAAGUGUGACAGCCGAAAUCUGCAGAAGAACGGUGGCAAGUUCACAAAUAUGUUUAGCAUAACCAAACGGCUGAUGUUACAUUACAUUACAGGCAUUUAGCAGACGCUCUUAUCCAAAUAACAAAUCUUAGAAAACUGCAGGACAGUGUACCAAAGUGAAGGUUGGUUACACCAAUAUAUGAUAUUUGAAUUUUUAACAGUUCGCUGCCCUUUAUAGUACAAUUGAACACCACACUAAAAGAAAAGUAUUUUUUAAGGGGCAAGGGGACCUGCUUAAUUGUAUUAGAACUAUAUGGUCUUGGGUUUUUGUUUUGUUCAUUCCAUCCUAUAAUCUUCCUUUUAUUUCCGCAUUUUUGGAAUACUGGAUUACGCUUGUCAGCCCUUGUCAUCUUGGCAACGUCCUCCGUCCUUCAAGAUGCACAGUGAUUUUCUGCAGGCAGUAGUCCACCAGCAGUGCCGCACACAGUCAUGGAGACGGAGAGCCGUGCCCAUGCACACAGCUGCAGCAGGUCUGCAGAACAGGGGAGUCUCUCUUCAGUAACGCUCUGCCAAAUGAAUCCAUCACUCCCAGAGAGACACUGCUGCCGGGUGUGCACGGUCCUGUGGGCUGUCGCUCACCGCUGGCACCAUGAAGCACAUCACAGCACUGACAAUGACUGCUUCACCUGGACACGCCACCUGAUUGGCCAUCUCCGCUUUUAUAGACUCCGUGUGUCUCAGUGUGGGGUUGUCAACUGGGUUCUUUCAAAUGUGUCAACACUGUUACAAGUUCUAUGUGCUUUGUGCUAAACCUAGUGGCACAAUGUUUUGAGGCAGCAUUGAAAAAUGCACAGCAAAGACUGCAUACGCACUAGACAGAGCACUGCAGAGGCACUGUUCAUUAAUGUAGCACAAUAACAUGCAAACAGAUGCUGUGUUACCUGUGUGCUGUGUUACCUGUGCAUGUUCCAUGCAAGGUGUAUUCAAGGUGUAUUCAAGGUGUGCCAUCAGACAAAGACACGCUCACAUGGACCAAAGCUCAUCUCCCUACUACUGUACCGUGCCCAUGGUAUUCAGAUAUUUGUAGCAGAUCACAAUGCGAUGAAUUAAGCACUCAGUGCCACUGUACAGCUUUUGUAUUAAUUUUUUUAAUUCUCAAUAAAUAUCAAUGCCUAGCAACAGUAAAAA